AUGGGUGGCGACCUCAAUUUAAAGAAAUCAUGGCACCCCUCCCUCCUCCGCAACCAAGAGCGCGUCUGGGCGGAAGAAAAACGCGCACUGGAAGAGCGCAAACGCAUCGACCAACUCCGCCGCGAGCGCGACGAAGAGCGACAAAUCCAAGAACUCCAACGGUUACAAGAAGGGACGGGGAAACCGAAGCAGAUCCAGCGCGUGGACUGGAUGUAUCAGGAGCCUGGGUCCGGAGGGGCAGCUGGGGGUAUGUACGCGGAGGAAAUGGAGGGGUAUCUGUUGGGGAAGAGACGGAUUGAUGGGAUUUUGUUGAAGAAGGAGGGCGGGGAGACGGAGGGGUUGAAGAAGGGGGCGGAGUUUAAUGCGUCGCUUGGUGGUGGGAGUGCAGUGCAGCAGCCGGUGGUGAAUUCGAGGGAUACGAUGGCUAAGGUAUUGGCUGAUCCGCUUUUGGAGAUUAGGAAGAGGGAGCAGGCGGCGUUGGAGGGGAUGGUUAGGGAGGAGGUUAGGAAGGGGGGAGGGUCUUCGAGGGCGGGGGAGAAGAGGGAUAGGGAUGGGCAUAGGGAGAGGAGGAGGGAGAGGGAAAGGAGGCAUAGGUCGAGGUCGCCGGAGAGGAGGCGGAGAGAUGAUCGUGAUCGUGAUGAUAGGGAUAAGGAGAGGAGGAGUGAGAGGGAUCAUAGGAGAGAAAGAGAUAGUGAUCGAGACUAUCACCGCUCAAGCAGACAUCGGGAGCAUCGUGAUCGUGAUCGUGAAGAUCGAUAUGACCGGCGAGAUCGAUCCCCUGCGGAUCGCCAUCACUCUGACAGACGGCGCAGCGACGAUCGGAGAGAAAGCCAUGGGUACAGAGAGUCUCGGGACAGGGACCGUGAUCGCAGAGACCGCGACCGCGACCGCGAGCGAUCCAGUCGCUACCAACAAGACAAGAGAGACUACCGUCCCCGAGACAGAGAUACAUACAGCCGCGACAAGCCCAACGCUGAAGAGGCAGAGCAGAAGCGCAAGCAGCAAGAGGAAGAACGGCAGCGCAAGCUAGCAGAGAUGCAAGCGAACGCGAGCGAGAUGGAGGAUGCUCGACGACAGCGCAUUGCCGAAGUCAGUGCUAUUGAAGCGAAGCAGCAUGAAGAAGACGAGAAGCAUCGCUCGGAGAAGGGUCGCUUUGUGUCUGGACUGCAUAAACAGCUUCAGGAGGAUAGUCUGGAUGAGCGGAUUAAGCGCAGUCGGGGUGGGUUGGCUCGCUUGGAUGAGGAUUAA